AUGGCCGCACGCAAGGAACGCAGCAUUGCAAAAGACACAAUUUUCGGUUUUGUUGUUGACUAUGACGAAGUAAAUCCGUCACAAUACAAUCCACCUGCUGCUGGCUAUUUACACAAACCACCAUACCGUUCAAAAAGAGAUGCAGCACCCUCUACAGAUUAUGCUACUACUCCAGCUACAGAAUACAAAAAAGAAGAGGAAUAUAAACAACCAGCUAGUGAAUAUGCUUCUCCUCCUGGAUAUUCUCCUGCUACAAACUACCAAAAUUAUUAUAAUUAUGAAAAAACUCCAAAUAAUCCUCGUUGUGUUUGUUGCUCCCCAAGAGUUUACAGUGUUCAUCGAGACUAUGGAAAGAAAAAAUCUUAUGGAUAUGGUAGUGGAGAGGCAAAGAAGAAAUAUGGAGGAAAUGAAUACAAAAAAGGUGGAGAAUAUGGAAAUGAGGAAUAUGGAGGGGCAAAACAAGGAUAUGAAGCACCGAAGUAUGAAGCUUCGAAAUAUGAGGCACCGAAAUAUGAAGCACCUAAAGGUGGAUAUGAAGCGCCAAAAUAUGGUGGUUAUGAGGCACCUAAAGGAGGAUAUGAAGGCAAAUAUGAGGCACCUAAGGGAUAUGAAGCACCUAAAUAUGAAGCUCCAAAAUAUGAGGCACCAAAAUACGAAGCACCUAAAGGAUAUGAAGCGCCAAAAGGAGGAUAUGAAGCACCACAAUAUGAAGGCUAUGAAGGACCGCAAUAUGGACCACCGCAAGGAGAAUAUGGGGCACAAGGAGGCUAUGAAGGAGGUUAUGAACAGAAAGGCUACGGACCAGAAAAAUACAACAACAAAUAUGAAGAGCCAGCAAAACCAUAUGAACAACCACCCCCAAAUUAUGAACAACCACAAGGCUAUCAACAAUAUGGAGAAAAACAAGAAUACUAUCAAGAAAAACCAAAACAUCGCUAUGGGGACAAAUAUGGCAGCAGUUAUCAAUAUGGACGGGGAUAUAAUCAAGAAAAUAAAGAAUAUAAUAAAAAGUUGUGA